CCCCACCCAUCCAUGACGUCGUGCUUCGUCCGACGCCGCAUAAAGCCAGACAUGCGUUCACCGUGCCCACAUACAAACCCAUAACGACCUUCACGAUGUACAACAACGCGGACGCACAGCAGAUCGAGAAACACGUCAACGCACAGGCGCAGCAGGAUGAGAAACAGCUCAAGCGUCUCAUGAAGGACGUCAAGUCCGCCGAGAAGAGGGAGAGCAAGGGCGAAAAGUACAUUGACAAGGCGGAACAUGCGCUUGACAAGGCCGUCGCCAAAGAGCACAAGACGGCUGAUAAGAUUAACCAGGCCGUGCACAAGCACGACGCCGCCAUCGGCAACGUUUCUAGCGCGGAGAAGAACGUGGAUACUCGCAAACAGCAUACCGCCAAACUGGAACAGGACAUGCUCCGCAAGCGCCAAGAACUGGAAGAGUUCCGGCAAAAGAAAGAUGCGAACGAUGCCAUGCGCGAAUCUAAGCUCGCAGAACUUCACCAGGCCGCCGCGGACGCCGCUCAGGGCAACCUGUCCCGGGCCGGCACUACCGCCACCGAUCGCACCGCAGGCACCACCGGCACAAACGAAUCGUUUGGACAAGCACCCACGGGCACGACGGGGGCGGGCGCGACCACGGGAUCCGCACCGAUUGAAGGAAACCGAGCGACCGUGGAGUAAAUUGGCUUAUGUGCGACGCCUUGGUGUUUUUAUUGCGAGGUGUGAAACAUCUACACGAAGCAAUUGAUCGCUCUAUCUGUACACACUUAUACCAUAUGUACUCCUUUUGUACUCCAGUAAUCUAUUGUACUAUACCU